AUGAGAGCGGAAUCAAGCCAAACCUCAAGUCAGCCUCGUUUCUGCAUUCCGGUAUGCCGAGGGAACUGUCUGUCCAGAAAGCAAGCGAUUUUUCUGUCGCUCGAAGCUCACCCUCACCCUUGGACAGCCGUCUCAAUACCAACUUUCAAGCAAGGCACUGUUGGAACGGGCCUUAAUAACCGGCACCGUCUUAGUUUGCAGUCAGGCAAUACUUCGGCAGUAAAAUGGCGCCGUCCAAUCAGAAGCGAGGAACGACUUAUUUUAUGUGCUUUGAAAGUCGUUGAGGUGUGCAACAUGUGCGAAAACUACCCGAUCGACGAUCUAACCGAACGACCGUGA